CCCCAACGAUAUGUUGUCCAAAGGUUGCUGAAAACGCUGGGUCGUAGUUCUCACUAGAAGACCAUUGGCACUAUAGUGAUAUUCUUACAACCGGUGUUUUAAAAGUGCAGAAACCAGGAUUUUGAUCGUUAAUUCCGGGUCAUGGUCAGAGGUGAUAGUAAAGGAGGGAUGAGUUCCCCAUACAGUGGAGAGAGUGCUUCUCCAUAUUCUGAUGGUGUUCCAUCCCCGCCAACUGUUGUUGCUGCAUAUAAUCGUCCCUAUGAAGUGGUUCACUAUGAUGGGCCAUACAUCCAAGUACUCAAACAACCACAGUCGAAGUUUCGAUUUCGCUACAAGAGUGAGAUGGUUGGAACCCAUGGACAGCUGAAAGCUGAUUGCUCAGACAAAAAUAAAGCAGCAUUUCCAACUGUGAAGCUUGCCAAGUGGAACAGUGGACCAGCAGUCAUACGUCUUAUGUUGUACACAGCGGAGGAGAAUGUGAAUCAGCGUAAACGUCAUGUCCAUGAGUUAUCUGGAAAAAACUGUGACAAAGAAACAGGAAUAUGUGAAGUGGUGGUGGAUGAAAAAUGUGACUAUACAGCUCAGUUUCAAAAUUUGGGCAUUAUUCACAUAGCUAAGCGAGACACACGAGAAAUUAUAAUGAGGCGGAAAAGAGAGGAACUGGUGGCUCACUUGCGACUCAGAAAACCCCAGCAUUCCUUGGAAGAAAUUCGUAGAAGCAUUACCCAAGCUGAUCUUAAAAGAAUUGAUGAAGAAGCAGAUGAAGAAGCAAAGAGUAUGGACCUUAACAAGGUUACUCUGAGAUUCCAAGCAUACCAGUAUGAUAAGAAUAUUGAAAGAUACAGACCCAUUACACUUCCAGUGGACUCGGACAUUGUUUACAAUCUCAAGAAUGCAACAACUGGGGAGCUGAAGAUUGUUCGUAUGUCUGCCUGCUCAGCGCCAUGUACUGGAGGAACUGAAAUUUGGUUACUGGUUGAAAAAGUUAGAAGAAAUAAUGUGCAAGUCAAAUUCUUUGAGCUGGACAAUAACGAUCGGGAAGUUUGGACGGCAUAUGGAGAAUUUUCAGAUUCGGAUGUUCAUCAUCAGUAUGCCAUAGUUUUCAGGACACCAAGAUACAGAUUUACAAACUUGAACACUGCUGUUAGAGUGAAAGUUCAGCUUGAGCGCCCCACUGACAGAGAUACAAGUGAACCUUUGGAUUUCACCUAUAUGCCAGACAGCCUUAAACGAUCAAGAAUACAUUUGGAGACUGCCCUUGAGGAAGGAAAAGGAAGUUACAAUGACCCACCCUCCAAGAGAUUCAAUUUUACUCCAUAUGACUCUCAAGCUAUAGAUCUGAGUAAUAACAGUAAGUUUGAGUGUAAUGGACGAGGGCAAGAAGACAGCAUGCCAACUCCUGACAUUCUAGAGUUUCUUGCUGGAGAAUUAGGGGGAAAUGCAAAUUUUAACAUAGAAGGCCAGAGUCAGUCUCCACUACAUAUGGUACCAUCUCCUGUGAAUUCAAUAGACUCUAGCAGCCAGGGUCUUUAUUCUCCUAUGCACCCUGGAUCUACAGGAACGCCUAAUACGGAAUAUAUAACCUUAGGGAAUUCCCAACUUCAGGUUCCAUCACCUGUCCAUCAUAUGUCAACCUCUCCUCAUUAUGGAAUGAUGUCUCCUGGUGAUCAGUCAGUUGGCUCUCCUCCAUAUCAAGGUGGAGCUGAUAGUGGAGGGGGUAUGACACCUCAGUUUACAGAUUCUCAGUACAACUCUCCUUCUCCGGGUAUGAUGGUACCUUCCCCUUCAUAUCAAGAGAACACAAUGCAGGUUGUUAAUCAACAGUACAUUCAACAGCAGCAAGUACAACAACAUCAACAGUACAUUCAACAGCAGCAAGUACAACAACAUCAACAGUUACAGUUGCAGCAGCAACAACAACAGCAUCAACAACAACAAAAUCAGCAGAUUCAAAAGCAGGAUAUUGGAUUUCAACAUCUGAUACAGGGAACUGAGGAGACAUUACUUGUUCAACAACAGACUGUGUCCAUGCAGCCCUCUCAACAACUGGUUCAAGAUUUUAACUUGCCUGACUGCUUCAGCUUGGGAAACCUUGGUCAAGAAAGCCUUUUGGAUAUGUUAGAAGUUGCAUCAGAGCAGCUUGAUUAUGGAGCCAAUGAACUUCCUGUGUCCAAUUUGAAAGCUGACUAUGGUGGAAAAUCGACAGACACCAAAAAGAAAGAAAAAGAUCAGCCUUUCAGCUCAGGGCAAGAUGUUGAUGAAAUUACAAAGCUGGUUUCCGGAGUGCGCAUUGAUGAUUCAAGAGAACGUCAGACACAGAGAGACGGUGGAAAUCGUCAAACUACACCAAGUGUAGAUGUAGCUUUCAAAGUGGCAAUUAAUGCGGCUGAAUGUCUGCAAGCAUAUGCAGCUACUGGAGAUAUUUCUUUGUUAUUAGCUACACACCGAUAUCUCCUUGCUGUACAGAAUAAUCAGGGUGACACUGCUUUACACACAGCUGUCAGUAACAAAAAUGUUGAUGCAUUUAAUAAAAUUCUGAAAGCCUGCGAGAAGAUAAAACCUACCGAUUUACUGAAUGCUCAGAAUUUUUCUCUUGAGACGGCUUUGCAUCAAGCUGUAAGUGGCAACGAGCUAACUAUGGUCCGAAGACUGGUUGCUGUUCCAGGCUGCGAUGUAUCCAUUCCAGAUGCACGGGGAAACACACCCUUGCACAGAGCAGUCCAACUUCAAGAUCACAGCUGUCUUGAGGCUUUACUAACUCGACCCAUCAAUGGAGCUCGAUCAGCAGUAUCCCAAGCCAUUAAUGCUUAUAAUUAUCAGGGUGAGACUCCUUUACAUCUAGCUGUUAUAAGUGGGAAUCUGAAUAUUGUGAGAAUUUUGAUCAGUGCUGGUGCACAGGUUCACAUGUGUGAGCACAAGAGAGGUGCAAAUCCAUUACAUUUAUGUGCAAUGUAUGGUCGUCAUAGAAUAGCCGAAUAUCUUAUUAGAAAUACAAGUAUUACCAUAGAAGCUGGUCUUUUCGAUGGAAACACUGCAUUACACCUCGCAGCCCAAGCCCGUGAUCCUGAAAUGUGCAGAGUACUCAUGAGAGCAAAUGCUGACCCUGAAGCCAAGAAUUAUUUGCGAAGAAGAAAAAAGGUAUCAGAGUCCGAAGAAGAGGAAGAGGAAGAGGAGAGCUCCAAAAAGGAUGAGGACGAAGAGGAGGAGGAAUCAGAAGAAGAAGCAGAAUGUUACACACCACUGGACUAUGCUGGUGAUGAUAGAGAGAUCUUGGCAAUCCUUAGGAGAGAGGUUCUGGAUGAGCCUUCAGUAUCAGAAGUAGCAAAUGAAGUACAGGAAGUAAAAAAACUACCUAAUGCACAGUUUGGUGGAGACUCGGGCAUCGAUAUAUCUGUAUCUGGUAUUGAUAUUUCCGUAACAGAUAUUCCAUGCCCAGAUUCAUCCAAGGAUUCAGAGAACAGUGUUGGUCUCCUAAGUGCUGGAAUUCGGAGGAGUUUGGCAAAUCACUUGAGUGGUGAUACAUGGCGCCACCUGGCACAACUUCUAGACCUAGACUACCUAGUGCCUCAUCUAUCCAGAGAGGCAUCUCCAGCUUCACUUCUCCUUCAGCCAGACAAUAUGAAGGUUAGGUUCUACAAUACCUGCCCGGGGAAGUCCGAUUAUAAUCUGCAGUGUAAUUCUCUGGCAGCGAUAUGUCCCAUAAUGUCUUGAUAGAGUGUUACAAUAGAGAAGCUCAGAGGUUGUCUUGAAGUCCUUGGUUUGAAGGACUGCCUUGCUGUCUUGGAUGCAGCAUAAGCUGGAAUAACUUCCCAGUUCUUUAUAUAAGGGGGCAUCUAGAUUUAAGGAACUAUAUGAAUGUGUUCAGAGAUGGAGGAAGAGUCUGAUAAAGCAUGCUUGUCACAGUAGGGUUUCUCAGGUAUGUGCUGUCUAGGAUGAUAUGUUUAUGUAUCACUACAUCACAACAUCAGAAUAGUUUUGUCAUUCUUGCCAAGAUGAACCAGAAAGUGAACAUUGAUGUAGAAUCCUGUUUUUGUUGGUAUGUUGAGAAUUGCUACAUCAGAAUAGUUCAAUCAUUCUUGUUAAGGUAAAAUGGAGAAUGAAUGCUGAUGUAGAAUACUUUUUUAGGGUAGAGUUAGUGGUUGAGAAGAAAUCAAAAUUAAGAUUCAGUAUUGAUAGUAGUAGCUUUUGAUGUGUGACUUUGCAGGUGGAAAGUAAGUGCCUUUUAUGCUUAUAAUAAUCUGUGGUAUACUAUUGUGAUUUUGGAUAAGAAAAGAUUUAAUGUUUAUUCCAUUUAAGAGAUAUUUUUGUAAUCUUGAGGAUUGUUUGUCCUUAAAGAAUAAAUACCUGAGUUACAUUGCCUUCUACUUGGCAAAAAGUUUUGUGAUGAGAUUUUGUAUAUAUAUAAAUAGAUUUUAUAUAUUUUUUAUUGACAACUAAACUUUAUUUCAGUUGAUUGUAUUUUAAGUUAAUUUUAUGUUAAGAUGAAGGCUGUCAUCUGAGAUAUUUAAUAAGCUAAUUUUAUUAUUUAAGGUGACUAUCAGCCGAGAAAUUGUGUAACAGAUUUUAUAUUUUUACUGACUGCUUAUCAGCAGUUCUGAAUUCAUGGAGUAUACAGAAAUUAAAUCGUUUAUCAUUAGGUUAUGUAUGAUAGUACUACAGAGUAAUUCUUCACAUAUGAAAUUAUGAAAUAUGGACCAUGAACAAAACAUUCCACACACUUAUUGUGUAACUACUGUACAUUACAUCAUGUAAUGAUUGAAGUUUUUUUUACAGUUUGCUACAUAUCCAGAUAACUUUUUGAAUUUUCAAGCUCAUUUGUACAAGGAAAUAUACAUUUUAUUGUACCUUAUAGAUAUCAAUAGAAAAUACUUUUAUCACUGCACUCUCAUUACGUACCAUGAAACUUUGAUAUUUUAUAUUUUGUAAGGAUGAUAAUUUAAUGACUGGGAAGUAGUCUUCUAAUAUAAAAUGUGCUGUGUGAAUUCCCAUCUUGGGAAAGUACGUACUGAUAUGUUGAUAUGACAUUCCUUCCUUUCAAUCUUUUCCAAGUAAUAUAGAGAUGUAUGUCAAGAUUUAAAAACCUACUUCACUUUGCAAUAAAUAGUUUUGCAAAAAAUUCAGAACUCCUUGGUUAUUUUUUCAGAGAAAGGAAAUUCCAAAAAGCUUUAAAAAGAUUUUCUUAUUGUUUUUCCCUAUUUGAUAAUGGUUUUCACUGUUAUGCUGCUAAAGUUUAUAAGUUCAGUUUAAUAAACAUGUUUAAUGUG